UCUUUCCUUUUUCCCGGAAAAUCUCGUCUUUCUCGCCAGUAAAUGGGAUGCUUUUAUAGAUACAUAAACCUUCCUUUUUAAACCCACUGCUUGUUUGCCGAGAAAAUAGUGGAAAGAUAGCAAGGGAGUGAUAAUUUUCAAUCUUAUGUCUGGUUUUGACGAAACUAUAAGAUAAUUAGUUGCAUUUAGCCCUUAAUUAAUCAUGGGUAUUUGGGUUUGAUACUCUUUGAUAUGUUUGAUUUUAAUUUUUCUGUAGGGUUUGAUUUUUGGUGGAUGGUGGUUCUUUUUGUUAUGGUUUUGGUGAACAGAAUCAAAAAGGGAAUUUUAAUAGAAGAUGGUGCAAGGAAAGGCUUCCAAACCCAAAAAAGAAAAUGUGCUGGAAAUCUCAAACUCAAAAAUGAUGAAGUCAGGGAUUGCUCCUGAAGUAGUUGACAAUACCAGUAUGAGUAGGCAUAGUAACAAUGAAUCAGUUUCUCAAUCAAGUGGAUCUGUCAUUGCAAAAAGGAUCACAUCAAAGGGAAAAGUUGAUAAUUUUGAUACAACUGAUCUAGAAUGGACAGAUAAAAUUCCAGAAUGUCCUGUGUUCAAGCCAUCAAAGGAGGAGUUUGAGGAUCCUUUGGUUUAUCUGGAAAAGAUUAGUCCAGAAGCUUCAAGAUAUGGGAUUUGCAAGAUUGUUUCCCCACUGAAUGCUUCUAUUCCUGCUGGCGCCGUACUAGCUAAAGAGAACACUGGUUUCAAGUUUACUACUAGAGUGCAGCCCCUUUGGCUUCCUGAUUGGAAUGUGGAUGAUAAGGUCAUAUUUUUCAUGAGAGGAAGAAAUUAUACACUCCAUGACUUUGAAAAUAUGGCAAACAAGGAGUUUUCUAGUAAAUAUUGUUGUUCUGGAUCCCUUCCUUCCAUGUAUUUGGAAAAGGAAUUUUGGCAUGAAAUGGCUUCUGGAAGGAAAGGAACAGUCGAGUAUGCAAUCAACAUUGAUGGUAGUGCCUUUUCAUGUGCUCCCAAUGAUCAGCUUGGCAAAAGCAAAUGGAAUUUAAAGACUCUUCCACAGCUGCCCAAGUCCCCAUUGCGCCUGUGUGAAACUUCAAUUCCGGGAGUAACCGAUCCCAUGCUUUACAUUGGUAUGCUGUUUAGUAUGUUUGCAUGGCAUGUAGAAGAUCAUUAUUUGUACAGCAUCAACUACCAUCACUGUGGGGCACCCAAGACUUGGUAUGGCGUUCCAGGUCAUGCAGCUCCGGAUUUUGAAAGGGUGGUACAGAAUCAUGUCUACACUGAUCAUAUUCUACCAUCAACUAAACGAGAGGAUGGAGCUUUUGCUGUUCUUGCAGAGAAAACGACGAUGUUUGCUCCAUGUACUUUGCUGCAACACAAUGUACCUGUUUACAAGGCUGUGCAGAUGCCAGGAGAGUUUGUCAUCACCUUCCCAAAAGCAUAUCAUGCAGGUUUCAGUCAAGGCUUUACUUGUGGCGAGGCAGUAAACUUUGCAGUUGGUGAUUGGUUUCCAUUCGGGGCAGAAGCAAGCCAGAGGUAUUCACGCCUUUGCAGGGUGCCAAUCAUUCCUUAUGAGGAACUUCUCUGCAAAGAAGCAAUGCUUCUCCAUAAUUCCCAAGAACAGGGGGGCUUAGCUCAUUUGUCUGCAGACUUGGCCUCCUACCAUUGUGCUAAGGUUUCCUUUAUAUGCCUAAUACAAUCCCAUCACCAUGCUUGCCAGUUCUUAAAGAAAAUCAAAGGAUCUCCAAGUGUGUCUCCAAAUUCUCAAGGAACUAUACUCUGCAGCCUCUGCAAGCGUGACUGUUAUGUUGCAUAUAUCAAUUGCAAUUGCUAUUCCCGUCCUAUUUGUCUAUUCCAUGAGAUUGAGGCUCUUAACUGUCCCUGUGGGAACAACCCCAUUCUUUUUCUGAGGGAGGACUUGUCGAAAAUGGAAAAAAUAGCUAAAAAGUUUGAGCAGGACAAAGGAAUCAUGCGAGAAGUUCAUCGAUACAAAGAUGACAAAUGCCUGCAGAAGAAUGAAACAACUUUGAAGGUCUCCAAACAGCAGGAGCUUAAACCCGGGUACAAGUUUCGCCGCCAAGGAAUUGCAGGAACAAGGAAUCCAAGGAGAAAGAAUGAUGUUGAGGAGAGAGUGGGAGAAACUGCAGAAACGAGAACAGAGUGCCAUAAAUUGAGAGGACCAUCAUUUUCCAGAGGAAGAAAGAGGAGGAAGAUGAAGAGCAGACAACAGAAGUCUAAAAAGAGCUCUAGCAGACUCAAAACAGAAGAAAAGAAAGAAAGCCAUAUAUUAAACAUCCAAACAGAAAGCCUAAAAAUAACUAGAUUAUACUAGAGGCCUCAAGUUCAAGUCUCUUAUAUGCGAAUUAUUUAUUGAACUAAUUUAACAUUAUGUGGUAGGAAAUGACUGAAUUUAAAACUUUCCUCUACAAAACAUAGCAUAAUAUAUGUGA